AUGUCUAGCCUGUUCUGGCUAGCAGGGCUAGACGAUCUAGUCGACGCAAUUGAAAGCCCCAGCUAUACCAUGAAGGAUGAGAUCAUCCACAUCCCGUCAAAUGCCUCAAUUCCAUUGAUGGCUAAUAUGCUUUGGGGAUGGGGCAAAAUCCCUUCCGUGAUUUAUAAUAUGCAAUUUGACAUCCUUCAAAGCCCCAUUGUGGUUCACCCGUUGAGACAUGAGAUCCCAUCCAUUCUUUUCCCUAUGUGCCGUCAACAAGAUCUCCCCCGCCAAUUUCGUUCUGCUCGAGUUCCUUGGAUGAAGAAUGGCGCGCGCCUAGCACAAAAUAUUGAGCGUGACUUUACUCGCGCUUUAGGGGGGGACCUGCUCUACCGAGCGCUGUCUACCGAGGCUUUGUUUUCCUCGAUGCCGUUUUUUGCACCGGUGAUCACCACGUCCAAUGUCGAUAAUGAAUUAGGACCAGGCAUUUACACCACACCAUCUCUAGAGCAUGCAUUAAGAUAUGCUCCUCUUCAUGGGGCUCUUCUGGUCUUUGAGAAUCCGGAUUUUCGAAAUCUCGACGUUUCGGGGCUGUAUGGGGAUGAUUGGACCUUCAUCACCCGUUACUUCUGGGGAUUCCCAUCCUCAGACGUGCGAGACCGGGUACCAUCUGCCUUUCUUGAUGCGAACGUUAUUCGGGGAGCAAUUUCUCAGGCGGGAAACAAGAAACGUGCUAGCCGUGUCGCUGGCCCAGAAACACAGAUAGUCGCGGUGAGCUAUGCAAGUUGCUGUGCAUUGGCAGCAUCUUUGAAGAUGAUUAUUUGGUUCGAGUAG